AGAGAAAGAAAACAAGAUGGAAGAAGGGAAACCUCUUGGAACAUUUCACUGCCGGUUCUCAGGUCUGUAGUUUGGACUCUACCAUGGCCGGACGCAGUGAAGAUGAAAGCGUGAGCAAUAGCAGUGGAGAAUCAAGUAAUUCCGAUGAUGAGUCCGGCUCCCGUUCAGGCUCGGCCUCCGGUUCCAGUUCAGGUUCCAGUUCCAGCUCCUCCAGCAGCAGCAGCCGAUCAGGGAGCAGCGACUCUGGAAGCGGCUCAGACUCUGGCAGCCAGUCAGAUUCUGACACGGAAAAAUCAAACGAGAAGGCCGAACCACAAAAUAAGUCAAACAUCGAUGGAGCAGAGUUCUGGAAGUCCAAUCCCAGCAUCCUAGCAGUGCAAAGGUCUGCUAUGCUUAGGAAACAACAACAGCAGCAGCAGCAGAAACAAGAGUCUUCAAAUAGUGGCUCUGAUGAGGACUCUUCAAGUAGUGAUGAAUCUGAAACAUCAAGUGGGUCUAAAAAGAGAAGAAACUCUGACUCGUCGGAUUCUGGAUCAGGCUCUGGCUCUGGGAGCGAUUCUGGAUCAGAUUCGUCAGCAGAAGACAACAGCAAUGAAACCGCAUCGGAUUACGAGCCCAGUCCCAAAUUCAAACGCAAAAAGCCUCCAACCAAGAUGGCUUCUCGAAAUGGAAAAAACAGCGUCACCCAGAGGAAAGCCCCCAAAUGUUCGUCUUCUGAGGAUGAGCGUAUCUACGCAAAGAUGGCGUCUGCGGGGCCACGGCGGCAGGCCACAGUCAACGUUAGUUACAAGGAGGACGAGGAGCUGAAGACGGACUCGGAUGAUUUGGUGGAGGUUCUGGGUGAAGAUGUCCCACAGCCUGAGGAAGAUGAGUUUGAAACUAUAGAGAGAGUAAUGGACUGCAGGAUAGGGAGGAAAAGAGCUAUAGGGAGUGCAACCACUGUAUACGCCAUAGAGGCAGACGGGGACCCCAACGCCAACUUUGAUCCCAAUAAAGAGGCCGGUGAGAUCCAAUAUUUUAUAAAGUGGAAGAACUGGGCCCACAUCCAUAAUACGUGGGAGACAGAGGAGGCACUGAAGUUGCAGAAUGUCAGGGGCAUGAAAAAACUGGACAAUUUCAAGAAGAAGGAGCAAGAGAAAAAGAAAUGGUUAAAGAUGGCCUCACCAGAAGAUAUAGAAUAUUUCAAUUGUCAGGAAGAAUUGAUGGACGACCUGCACUCCCAGUAUCAGCUUGUGGAGCGAAUAAUAGGACAUUCAAAUCAGAAGUCAGCUGCUGGUUACCCAGACUACCUGUGCAAGUGGCAGGGGUUACCUUAUUCUGAAUGUAGCUGGGAAGAUGGUGCUCUGAUCGCCAAGAAGUUCCAGAAGUGCAUCGAUGACUAUAUGAGCAGAAAUCAGUCUAAAUUCAUUCCAACUAGAGAUUACAAGCUGUUGAAACAGAGGCCCAGGUUCGCACCCAUGAAGAAGCAGCCAGCUUACGUAGGAGGUGAUGGACUGGAGCUCAGAGACUACCAGCUGGAUGGUUUAAACUGGAUGGCCCACUCCUGGAGCAAAGGCAACAGCUGUAUCCUUGCUGACGAGAUGGGCCUGGGGAAAACCAUCCAGACCAUCUCCUUCCUCAACUAUCUGUUUCACGAGCACCAGCUGUACGGGCCGUUCCUGCUGGUGGUGCCCCUCUCCACACUAACCUCCUGGCAGAGGGAAAUCUUCCUCUGGGCUCCACAAAUGAACGUUGUGGUCUACCUGGGAGACAUCAACAGCAGGAAUAUGAUUCGAACUCAUGAGUGGAUGCAUGGACACAGCAAGAGACUGAAGUUUAAUAUCAUCCUCACCACAUACGAGAUCCUUCUCAAAGAUAAGUCAUUUUUGGGCAGUGUUAACUGGGCCUGCAUUGGUGUGGAUGAAGCUCACCGACUAAAAAAUGAUGACUCCCUCCUCUAUAAGACGAUGAUCGACUUCAAGUCCAAUCACAGGCUCCUAAUCACUGGAACGCCACUUCAGAACUCCCUAAAAGAGCUUUGGUCCCUGCUGCACUUCAUCAUGCUUGAAAAAUUUCACUCUUGGGAGCUCUUUGAGGAGGAACACGGGAAAGGCAGGGAUUCUGGUUACACUAGUCUCCACAAAGAGCUGGAACCGUUCCUGCUGCGCCGUGUCAAGAAGGAUGUAGAAAAGUCUCUUCCUGCGAAAGUGGAGCAGAUCCUCCGAGUGGAGAUGAGCGCGAUCCAGAAACAGUAUUACAAAUGGAUCCUGACCAGGAACUACAAGGCCCUCAGUAAAGGUACCAAAGGCAGCACGUCGGGCUUCCUGAACGUCAUGAUGGAGCUGAAGAAGUGUUGUAACCACUGUUACCUAAUCAAGCCUCCAGAUGAUGACGAGUCUCUCAACAAAGCUGAAGCUUUACAGCAACUGAUCCGCAGUAGUGGAAAGCUGGUUCUUUUGGACAAACUACUUGUGCGUUUGAAGGAGCGAGGUCACAGAGUUCUCAUCUUCUCCCAGAUGGUGCGGAUGCUCGACAUUCUGGCUGAAUACUUGCGGUGUAGGCAGUUCCUUUUCCAGAGAUUGGACGGUUCCAUUAAAGGGGAGAUGCGGAAGCAGGCGUUGGAUCAUUUUAAUGCCGAAGGUUCAGAGGACUUCUGCUUCUUGUUAUCCACGCGUGCGGGUGGCCUUGGUAUCAAUCUGGCAUCGGCUGACACAGUGGUGAUCUUUGACUCGGACUGGAAUCCCCAAAAUGAUCUGCAGGCUCAAGCCAGAGCCCACAGGAUCGGACAGAAAAGACAGGUGAACAUCUAUCGACUGGUGACUAAAAGUUCAGUGGAGGAGGAUAUCAUUGAAAGGGCAAAAAAGAAAAUGGUACUCGACCAUCUUGUCAUUCAAAGAAUGGAUACCACAGGAAAAACUGUCCUUCAUACAGGUGCAGCUCCCUCAAGUUCAGCGCCUUUCAGCAAGGAGGAGCUCUCUGCCAUUUUGAAAUUUGGUGCUGAGGAGCUUUUCAAAGAGCCAGAGGGUGAAGAGCAGGAGCCUCAGGAAAUGGACAUCGAUGAAAUCCUCAAAAGGGCCGAGACCAGGGAGAACGACCCUGGACCUUCCACUGUAGGAGAAGAGCUGCUGUCUCAGUUCAAGGUUGCCAACUUCACUGUGAUGGAGGAGGACGAUCUAGAUAUCGACUCUGAGCGAAGUCAAAGGAGCUGGGAUGACAUCAUUCCUGAAGAGCAACGGAGGAGGAUGGAGGAAGAAGAGCGACAAAAAGAGCUGGAAGAAAUAUACCUAUUACCACGCAUGAGGAAUUGUGCCAAACAGAUAAGCUUUAACUCCAAUGUGAGUCGGCUGAGCAGGAACAGGAGAUAUUCUGGUUCUGAUAGUGACUCCGCCUCGGACCGAAAGAGACCAAAAAAACGAGGACGACCUCGGACCAUUCCACGGGAAAAUAUCAAGGGCUUUACUGAUGCAGAGAUCCGCAGGUUUGUCAAGAGCUACAAGAAAUUUGGGGGACCACUGGAGAGAUUGGAUGCCAUUGCUCGUGAUGCUGAACUUGUGGAUAAGUCUGAACACGACCUGAAACGCUUGGCAGAAACUGUCCACAAUGGAUGUGUGAGAACUCUGCGUGAAAACCCCUGUGGACCAGAGAAGUCAUCAGGAGGCAGGAGGGGAAAGGUGAAAGGUCCUACAUUCAGAAUUUCUGGCGUCCAGGUUAAUGCUAAGCUUGUUAUUUCUCAUGAAGAAGAGCUGGCUCCGCUGCAUAAGGCCAUUCCUGCUGAUCCCGAGGAGAGGAAAAGGUAUAUGAUUCCGUGCCACUCGAAGGCAGCACACUUCGACAUCGAGUGGGGGAAGGAGGACGACUCCAGUCUUCUCAUAGGAAUCUAUGAAUACGGUUAUGGCAGCUGGGAGAUGAUAAAGAUGGACCCGGACCGAAAUCUCACACACAAGCUUCUACCAGAUGAUCCCGACAAGAAGCCUCAGGCCAAACAGCUCCAGGCCAGAGCUGACUACCUCAUCAAAUUACUGUGCAAAGACUUGGCCAAAAGAGAAGCACAGAAACAAGCUGGAACCGCAAAUUCACGGAAGAGGAAACCAAGAAGUAAAAAGAGCAAAGCUCUAAAGACGACUAAGGCAGACGAGGUGACAAAGAGCCCAUCUUCAGAUCUCCAGUCAGACAAGAGGUCAGAAGACGAGGAUGAGCUCGACGAGGACGACGACAAGGAGGUGGCACAGGUGAAGAUAUCGAGCAGAUGGGCCCGAGCAGACAAGAUGGUGGUGAAGGAGGAGAAAGAGGAGGAUAAUGAUGAGGAGGACGAGCAGGACGUUUUCUCAUCGGUGGAGAGAGAUGUCAAAGAAAAGGAUGGAAAGAAAGAGAAGGAUGAAAGUUGUGACUUUAAAGACAUAAAAGAGUCCAAAGAAAAGAAAGAAAUCGUGGCUCUUCAGACAAAACAUAGACAAGAGGAGGGCACCGACAAGAUUGAAGUGAAGACCGAGGUACACGACCGGAUAAAGAAAGCCUCAGACUUGUCUGUCCAUAAAGUAACGAACGCAGAAAACAUGCCAGGGUCUGAGGAGUCUGAGGAACUGGACCAGAGGACCUUCAGUGUGUGUAAAGAGAGGAUGCGGCCGGUGAAAGCUGCCUUGAAGCAGCUGGACAGACCGGAGAAGGGUCUGUCAGAGCGUGAGCAGCUGGAACACACCAGACAAUGUCUCAUAAACAUCGGAGACCACAUCACAGAGUGCCUGAAGGAGUACUCAAACCCUGACCAGAUCAAACAAUGGAGGAAAAAUCUGUGGAUAUUUGUUUCUAAAUUUACUGAGUUUGAUGCGAGGAAGCUGCAUAAAUUGUACAAGCACGCGAUCAAGAAAAGACAAGAGAAUGCUCAGGCAAUGGAGCAGAACACUAGACAUAUAAACACUCAAGGCUUUAAACAUCUUGAUGUUGAACGGUUGAAGGACAGCUCUCACCAUGACGACAGCAGCAGGGACAGCUACAGCUCCGACAGGCAUCAGCCUUCAGCUCGACACCACGACAGCAGCAGCGGUAAAGAGAGGCACAGCUUCGAGUCCCACAAGAAGACCCCAACGGGCGAAUCCAGGAAAAGGCCCUACUCCUCCUUCAGCAACGGCAAAGACCACCGGGACAGAGACCACUAUAGAGCAGACAACAGGGACAGACAGGACAGAUAUUACGACAGCAAACACAGGAAACUGGAGGAAGUCCGUACCGGCAGAGACCAUCGGCUGGACCAGAAGGACCUUUCUCAUUCAGACCACCGCUCGUACAACCGCUACCACUCGGACUGGCAGACAGACCUGCGAGUGUCGGGGAGUGGGGCCCGCUCCCCCCGAGACCAGCGCUCACCUUGUGACUCUCGCUCACCCAUGGGAUAUCACUCGCCGUACGAAUACUCGUCAGACCACAGGAGUCCGCCGGAGCAGAUCUGGAGCAGCCGCAAGACAUAGCAGCAGCUGCCUGGGCCUGCUCGCAGCAGCCAUAGACUCAGCAACACAGGAAAUGCCUUAAAGUAACUGUGGAC